ACCACCUCCAAAGGUUGCCUACCCGGGGAGCCCAAGAGGGGGCGUGGAGUGGAGCACUCUGCAUGCGCUCAGAGUAGAUCCUCUCUCUCUCUCACUCGCCGCGGCUCCGCCCAGGCAGGCACCGGAAUCCUCCGGAGUCACGGAGCGGAGGAGGAGGAGGACACCUCAGCGGGGAGGGCUCAGAGGAAGCGGAGCCAUCGUCAGCCGUGGCUGGGCUGGGCUGGGCUGGGAAGAGUUCCUGGGUGCUUAACAGCUCUGUGAGACAGAGGAAUUCAGCAGGCUGGCUUUUUUCUGAAUUGCUGCAUUACCUGCUGGAAACCGCAGCCAUGGCGGCCAAACCCAUCCUGGACUCCAAGCAAGUGGAGGAGGUGGUGCAGGGCGUCCCGACUGAGGUGGUGUGCACGGCCUUCACGAACACCAUCCUUGUGGUGGUGACCCAAUACGGGAAGAUGGGAACCCUCAUCUCGGUGGAACCCAACGUGGUGGCCGAUGGGAUCGGCAGACCUUUGCUCACCACAAAAGUACUGCUUGGCAAAGACGAGUCUCUCGUCCACAUCUGUGCCAAACAUCUUGUGAGCUCCGUGUCUCAGGAAGCUGGGAACAAGCCCGUCCUCUUGGCUUUGGCCUUGAAAGAUAAAAGCGUCGAGGGCAUCCGGAAGCUGCAGGAGUUGAUUCGCCGCUGCCGAGUGUGGUGAGAUCAUCCCGCCAGCACUGAGCUUAUUGAUCCUGGGUUAGUCUUCUUCCUCUCCCUGAAAUAGACUUUGACCUUUCUAGGGGAUCCUCUUUUGGACUUCGACUUUUCAGGAUUAACAAGUCAAAACGGAGCCAGCCUCUCUGGGGCUUUCCUUUACCCUUAAACUUCUCCAGAAUUGAAAAUAAUAAUAAUCUUGUUCUCCUUUUAUAUUUUUGUAAAUAAAAUAUUUUCCCCCCAAA